AUGGCUGAUUUGGAAAUUGCAAAGCCAAUUACGCUGCCAUGCGGCCUCGCGUUUCCCAACAGACUAGCCAAGGCCGCAAUGGCAGAGGGCUGGGGUGACAAGAAGCGACUUCCAAAGGAGAGACUCAUUGAAACAUAUGGUGCCUGGGCCGAUGGCGGCUGGGGUAUGGUUUUGACUGGAAAUGUGCAGAUUGAUGCAGCAUACCUCGGCACUCACGACGACAAUGCCGUCAAUGAGAAGCUUUCACACGAAGAGCAUCUCGCCUCCUGGAAAAAAUGGGCUGCCGUCACCAACAGAAGCGGCACACCCACGAUUAUGCAACUCAACCAUCCGGGUCGACAGUCUUUGCCUGGCGCAGGCACUCAUGGAUUUUUUGGCAAGACCAUGGCCCCCAGCUCUGUGCCUGUACAGCUCGGAAAGAACAUCAUCACAAGAAUCCUCAGUGCACUGGUAUUUGGUACGCCAAGAGAGAUGACAGAGGAGGACAUCCAAGGCGUGGUACAGCGAUUUGCCAAUGGUGCUAAGCUCGCGCACGAGGCGGGUUUCGCAGGCAUUCAGAUCCACGGCGCACACGGCUACCUCCUAGCCCAGUUCUUGAGCGCUAGAACAAACAGGCGAAACGACAAGUACGGCGGGUCGCCUAAGAACCGUGCCAGAAUUGUUGUCGAGGUAAUCGAUGCUAUUCGCAAUGUGGUUCCAAAGACGUUCUGCGUUGGCAUCAAGCUCAACAGCGUCGACCACCAAAGCCAGAAGGAGCUGGCUGAAUGCAUUGAGCAGCUCGAGGACAUUUGCAGAGAGGGGCUGGACUUUCUGGAAAUUAGCGGAGGAACUUAUGAGAACCCGACUAUGAUGACUGGCAAGAAUGAGGACGGCUCCGACAAGAGCGAUAGAACUGUGGCCCGUGAAGCCUUCUUCCUCGAGUUUGCCCAUGCCAUUCGCGAAAAGUUUAAGCACGUUCCGUUGAUGGUUACUGGCGGUUUCCGCUCUCGCCAAGCCAUGGAGUCUGCGAUCCAAACGGGCGGGUGUGACAUCAUCGGCAUUGCUCGGCCAGCCGUACUCAACCCGAUGCUCCCCAACAACACCAUUUUCAACAAGGAAGUGAGCGAUAACGAUGCCAGGCUAUAUGCCAGAACAAUACAAAAUAGCUGGAUAACGCGUGUGCUUGGUAUGCGUGCGGUUACAGGUGCGGCUGACACGUUGUGGUACGUCAAAGAGAUUCACAAAAUCUUGAACCGAAGCAAGUUAUAA